CCACCAUGCACCACGAAUGUUGGCGCGUAGCGCGUGUUGUUGCUCAGGUGGACGGUGUUUGAAGCGCGUGUGGUUUUGGUGUUGCGCGUCGUGUGUGUGUGUGUGACAAAAUAAGAGCGCGUCGCGCGCGCGAUAACCAGCGAGCGAGCGGCAAGGAAGAGAGUUUAGUUCGUGAGCAGUGCGGUGUGUGGUCCUGAUCGGUGGGUCGUCGAGCGAUGCGCCUACUGCGAUGACGGCGACGAGCAUGUUGGGCCAGCACAAGGGCUACCAGGACGCGUCGUCCGGCUGCGCUGGCUCGAUGAGCAACGGCGGUUCAGCGGCGGCCGCCGCCAUGCAGCCGUUGCAAGGAGGCUACAACAUGGGCAUGGCCGGCAUGCACGCAGGCUACGCGCCGCAGUCUUUCGGCAACGGACCCACCAUGGCGUCCGGCUCCGCGUGCAUGUCCCCUUCGGUGGCGCCGCUGGGAUCGAUGAACUCCAUGAACUCGCUGGGCCAGGCCGGCAUGAACGGGGUGUCGGCGGGUCUCAUCGGCGGCCUGGGUCGCGACUUCCUGCCGGCGGCCGCAGCCACGGGUCCCGGCAGCGCGCCGUCCUCCGGCGCGGGGCCGGACUCCCCGGGCGCCCUGCAGAGGGCUCGCGCCGACUCGAAGGCGUACCGGCGGUCGUACACGCACGCCAAGCCGCCCUACUCGUACAUCUCGCUCAUCACCAUGGCCAUCCAGAAUAGCCCGAGCAAAAUGCUGACGCUCAGCGAGAUCUACCAGUUCAUCAUGGACCUGUUCCCCUACUACCGCCAGAACCAGCAGCGCUGGCAGAACUCCAUACGCCACUCGCUCAGCUUCAACGACUGCUUCGUCAAAGUGCCGCGCACGCCGGACAAGCCGGGCAAGGGGUCCUUCUGGACUCUGCACCCGGAUUCGGGCAACAUGUUCGAGAACGGCUGUUACCUGCGGCGCCAAAAGCGCUUCAAGUGCGAGAAGCGCGAGGCCGUGCGGCAGGCGCAGAAGGCCACCCCGGGCCACCACCACAACUCCAAGGCCAAGAUGGCCGCCGAGUCUCCGGGACACAUGAUGCAGCCUCCACCUCCGCAGCAGCAUCAUCAACAACAGCAGCAGCAUCAGCAGCAGCAACAGCACACGCAACAGCAGCAGCAUCAGUCGCAGCACUCGCAGCAGCAGCAGCACCACGCGUUGGCGCCCACCUCGAAUCCGGCCAUGCUGGGCAUGGGCUACGGUUCGCACCAGGACCCGUCCAGCUGUUGUUCCCCGGCCAUGGGACCUCACCACGCGCUACACGAGUCCUUGCUCAAGGUGGACCCUCACUACAACCCGUCGAGUCACCCGUUCUCGAUCAACAGCAUCAUCGCGGCGAACGAGAGUAAGGCGGACCUGAAGCUGUACGAGAUGUCCCAGUACGGCGGCUACAACCUGUCGCCUCCGCUGGCGGGCCACACGGCUCUGCCCAACGACUCGUCGGCGGGCUACUACCACCCGUCGCUCUACUCCAUGUACCAGUCGGCCACGCCCAGCCUCUGAGACGAGGAGCUGCGGGACUUCUGAAGAAGAGGCCUCCCGCACGACGUGUAGUAGCUCCUGUUGUAUACCACCGAGAGGGUGCCCGCGCGUGCUUCCCGAAGCUGGCACGACGGGUCCCGGCAGACUCGGCAACCGUUGGACACCAGCGACGUGGCGCAUGUUGUUCGAGACCAAGGCCCCCAACCUGGCCGUUGCGUUCUGCGGGGAUAAGAAGGACCGUCCUGACCACCACUGACGAGCGUCGCAUCGACGUCGUUGGCCCGCUGAAGUCGACGAAGACCUCUGGAAGAGUUCCCGGAUGACGACUCCAAAGAGGAGCCUUCGUGUACCACAGAGCUCCUCCCUAUUGGGUGCAGCCACGUUACUUCCUCUGUUAUCGCCGUAUGCUCGUCACCUUCCAUUCUGGAACGGAACACGAGGAUUCCGGCAGUAAGGCGAGUCUCAAGGUUAUCGCCACGAAAGAAGAAAAUAAUUUAAACCGCUUCCGACGAUCGACGGAUGCGACUGUUGCGAACAGGCAAAUCUGGCACGGUACACCAGCCGUGCAUGCUUACAAGACAUCAAGUCGACGACCCUUUGCAGACGAGUCAUCGCCUCCAGGAGGGUUUCUCAGUUGGCUCACGACGCGGUUCACGCGAUACUGGGAAUAACUGGGGAAUGGUGGCCCGUCAUCAGUGUAACAGCAGGCGGGCGUUUCUUUCGUCACGAUGACGUCAUCGAGUUCCCACUCCUUGUUCACUCGCUGUCCUCCGACUACUUUCGUCCGAGGCAAACCUCAACAGAGGAGGGAUGCCAUUGGUAGUCCGCUAAGACGAGCGUUCGAGAUGAGGGAUUCAAUAUUGGACGGGUACAGUAGGCUGUUACAACCCAGCAUCUGAGAUGAAAACAAAAGACGAAGCAAAUAUUAUUAGCCUCGCUUGUAAAUUGAGCAAGGCUGUCUUGCUUUUGCGUAAGUCUCUGUUGAUACUUGCAGGGUCUGUCGGUACUAGGAUACUGAUUUUGAUGGCUGAGGAGUGUGCAUAUUUUAUAUUCAUUGUGCAUUGCAGUGAAACUGAUCUUAACCCGUUUGACCUACGUUCGAGGCUCGCAUAUCCAUCAUUGAGUGAUUGCUGUUCAUUGUCCCAUGUGGUUUAAGUGAACUUGCAGCCACAUCACUGAAUAGGCUCAAAUUCGUGGCAGUUUAGAGAAUCAGCAGACGUGCUAUAUAUUUAUGUUGCUAUUCUAUUAAGCUGAUCAACUUGCGUCGUCCGCUAACCCCGGUAUUCUAGGACGUUCCUAUAUACUUAACACCUCGCCUCGACUUGGUCAUGAUGGCGAUAUCUAAUUAUUUGCGAUUAUCUUUAUUAGCGUUAUUUAUGAAACUCGGUGGCGACCUAGUGUAGUCAAACUAGCCUGUUCGUUACGAUCAUGUAUUAACUCCAACUAUUACCGCCUAACACCCUGGCUAUAUCCUCGCUCUUCAUGCAAGCUGCUGUUCUUAUAUUGUACCGUUAUCUUCACUUGUAACCACUGCUGCUAUGUUAUUCACAUCCCUGCUUUUUUUCGCCAGUAUUCCAAACGCCUUCGCUCAUAUGAACUGCUGACCUCGUAGUUGAUAAUUGCAUCCAUUUUGAAACCCAGAGAUUCUGAAAGGCGCAAUCCUUCCACGCUUCUUGGUGGGUGAAUAUCCUGCAUGCCAUUACAACGUGCUCAGUAGUUCCUGCACUUGGAUGCAGUAGAGAGUCGUGAACAAUAUGAGAGGGAACACCGAAUUCAUGUGUAAUCAACGAUUAUUUGUAAUGCACUGACAUGAAUGUGAGGUAUUAAAUUGCAAGAGAUACCUUUGCGCUUGAGCAUUGAGUGUUAUGAACACUUUUGCGCUUGCCAACUGCGUUUAGCCGUUAUGACCUUUAAAAGAUGAUUUCAGUGUUCCCUCUAAUAUCACUCAUGACUGUACAUGCCUCCUUGUAUUGCAAAUACUUUCUCCGGUGUGUCGUUUUUCUCAGGCAGCCAGCUCGGACAUCAAAUGUCAAAGCGCUGCCCCUUGUGUUAUCGUACAGUUCUUUCCUAUUGAUUUCUUUCUCGACGCCUUCGUAAAUCUACCUAUAUGGUCGUCCUUGUUUCAAUUGUUCCUACCCAAUUUGUCGUCUCUGUUUCUUUAACGUCUUUGGAUGACACCUCGUUGUUUAUUUACAUCCUUAAUUAUCCUUUGCUUGAUCUUCCUUGAUGUUCCUUAAUCUUCUACAAUCCCUGUCCUGGCUUUUUGGGUGCAUGCAGGUACUCGUGCGCUCGAGUUGGUUCACUUCUUUUUGCAUCCAUAUUCCUAAGCAUUUCUUGAAAACUAAUUUUGCUCUGCGUGCCUCUUAUCUUCAAACGAAGCCUAACUCGUGUGCCCCUGCAUUGCCUCAGUUGUGCUUUCCCCCUUUAGUACUCGAUGCCAAUCAAUACAGGCCUCUGAGAUCAAAGUCGAUGACAGCUCCCCCCCAUUGAGUAAUCUGAUCCAUUCGGCUCGGAGGCGCACAACGGUAUUCCUUGAAAACUGGCGUCUUUUUCAGUUGAGGGGCUGAGCCGUGCUCUAUACUCGGUGAAAUGAAGAGCUUCGAGUCGAGGAUCGUCUAAGAAUACGCGGGUUCGGCGACGACGUUGCUAAAGUGCAUAGAACCCUUUAUUGCUUCACUCGAUACAACCUUCGGAGAAAUUCGUUAAUAUUUUUUUCUUCUUCUAGUGUCUUAAUGAGGCAGAACUUGGCGUAAAUAUUGUGCUCCGAUGAAGUGGUGUCUCUACCGCAGUUGUUAUCUUAGGUGUUAUCUCGAAAUACACCAGAACCGCGUCCAAAUAGAAGAUCAUUGGAAGGGGUUACUGAGCGUCUUCUUUUUGGUCAGUCAGUGUGCUACGAGCCGUCGUUCGUGGUUUAAUCAUCUCUGCUCUUGCACUGUUACGUGCAGGCGAAGUUUUGCUGUGUACCGAUGGUAACCAUGGAAACGAUACUGUUUAGGUUGGGCGGCUGAGCGAUCGCGUCUCGCAGGAGAAAAUGCUGAUGAGGUACACGCCCUCGCAACCGCACCCUGUAAUAUCGCCGGGCAGUUUCGUGCCUGUGUAACUAUGGCGCACGACACAACUUCGCAUGUUGACAUUAACGGGACAAUAGGCUUGCUGACCUAGAAAAGUUGCAAGAACGCUGAACGGAUGACGACGCGCCCUUCAAGUCAAAUUGAACUGAAUUGUGUUUAUUUCUAACAAGUUUCCGCAUCAUCUCGCUAUGACGUCACAGAUUUUGACAGCGUCAGCUCGCGAGCCUAGUUAAUUGUUUGCGAUGAGCCCUUUAUGUAGACUGCCGGAAAUCCUCCCCAGCGUACGUACAAGUCGCGCAGGAAUAAGAUGCCUAUGUUCUUAUUUGCUAGCUAAACGAGAUCGCCACCCACGAGAAUUAGAGAGUUAUUAAUUAUGAAGGACCGAAAGGUUACCUAGAACAGAUCUACCCGGUUUUUUACGACAAUUUUUAUAGGCAAUAAAAAGAAGACAAAGAAUAAUGAAAAAAAGCAGAAAAACAGUUAUAAAUAUCGAAAAAAAAGUGGUUCAUUCUAUAGUAUAUACCAUGCCUUUAAGGGCAAACAAACAAGGAAUAAAACGGAAAUAAAAUGAUAUUAACAAAGCAUAAAUAAACUGAAGGAAAGAAAAUAAUGACGUAACAGAUUCCGGUGCCAGUGCGAAAAGUGUACGAAUCGUUUUUGACUCAGUUGCCUUCAUGCAUGAACCUUCGCUAUUCCGUCUGAGUGUGAAAUUUACAAAGCUGUUUGUUUACAUACAUAUAUUUUUUGUUUCGCCAGAGUUCAUAUGGUUUCUGCCACAUGACACCACUAAAACUUAUCAUAGCUUUCGUUGUAUAUUUACCAUGCUUCCGUUCAAACCUACACGUCUGUCGUUCGUUUGUUUGCUUACUCGGAAAAAUGAACGAGCGAACAGCCUUCAUAAUAACGACUGUGCCUGAACAGACUCUGCGAGUUUCUCAGCUAUAUAGACGAUAUUGCGUAAGACAUGUGGGCGCUGCCACCUUGGGCUGUUAAACGAAUGUUUCCUUAUUUUUCGUAUAUCGUGACGUGAACUGAUAAGGUCAGGAAACUUCGAAUGCACCAACCCAACCGUUUUCGUGUGUAUACGUCCACCGUAGCACUGUUCGUUUGAUUGUUCGAGAUACAAAGCGGCAAGAUUAACAGCCCAAUAUGGCGGCACCGAAACCAAUCCGCAAAAUAGUCUAUACAUCGUCGUAACGCUGCGAAAAAUGGAGAAACAAUCACCGACCAAGCCAGAUACGGUCGGUGACGUCGUAAGGAAAUUAAAAAAGAGAGACACAUUUUAUUGUAUACAUGUGUAUACCAAAGCUGAGAAUGCAAAUGAUGCCUGCAAGACGCUGUUGCCACUGUAUAAGCUGCGAACCUUUGCUGUCGCUCUUGUUUGUGCCUUUGGAAGAUCCGCGCUGUGGAAGACGCCUUGAAGUGGUUGCGGAAGUGAAAAACAGCCGAGAAGACCCGUGGCCGCGAUUUCCGUUACACUACGUUCGCUCCGUGUUGGAUGUAGUGGUGACGUCACACGGAGUUUCGAGUCGCACCGAAAAGGACAGAGCAUGUCCACAGGGUGUUUUCAGCUGAUUGAAAAGCCAGAUUUGCCACUUUUUGUUUUCCUGAAAUAGGGCAUACAUACGUAAUGGAGCAGAUGUUACUUUCAUUAGUAAAGUCUAAAUAAUUCAGAGCUUCAGGGAAAGACGGAAGCUUGAAGUGAUGAAAAAUUCGUGAACACGGGUUGCCGCGGGAGCCACCGUCUCGACAAACAGUUUUGUCUUCUUCAAGGAUGCAACUUUUUAGCAACUCUUCAUUAACAAAGUCAUUUAAGAUAAACAUGAAACGUAUGAAAGCGUAGAAAAAAUAUUAUUUAUAUUCUUUGGAAUCUCUCAUUGUUAUAAAAGUUAGAUUCCCAUGUUUGGGGGUAUGUUGCUGUGCCAUAUAAAAAUUUUGUUGAAAUAAAAAAAGAUAGUCUCGACCCCCCUCUGACUCUUCUGGUCUGACCACACCUGCGUCGACAAUUUGUGUCCACUGGCUUGAAACAACCAACAGCGAUGCCCUGAUAUUUUAUUACAGUCUCUCUGUAUAUAGCAAGUUUGAAGAAAAAAAUAAUUCAGUGAAUUGGUCCCAAAGCGUAUACUGUAACAGGAUGAAUAGCGAAGGGUCGCCAGGUAAAUGCAUUCAUCUCUCUGUGAUGCAGGUAAUGCAUCAACGAGUUUCGUUCAUUUUGUUGUUCGCUAUCCAAAGGCAUUCUCACAGAAAUUUAGGCUUGAGUUUAAUUUUCGUAAGUGCAGUUGGCACAGUCGCAGCAGGUCAUGAGUGCGGAUCGUAGCUUUACCUGAAAGUAUUUCCAGAACUAGCCUCCAAUAUUUUCUCGUGGCCCUCUGGAGGGGGCGCGAAAAACACUGUUUUCAAUAUUUCAACAGCUGUUGUCUGUUUCAUCUUUGUGCCUGAAGCUGAAUUUAUUCUUGCACAGUGCCUGUACAAUGUACGCAGCCAAAUCCAGGCCGGAAGCUAGAGGCCAGGUUAAUAUCAUUCGUUGAUUCGCGUGAGUGUCCUGUCUAACCAUUCCACCCUUGAGGAGAUCGCAAAAUCACCGGGAGCGUGUGGUCUCACCGUUCAAGGCUACCCGUUAAAUUCAGUCAGUGUUAACUUCAAUUAACGAAAAAUAGUCAGCUCAAGACCAACUACGAAAAGUGUAGUUGUCACUCCAUUGUGUAUAACACUGAUUCGUGCAAGGAGACCUCGUACUUUUUCUUUUUUUUCCUACUGAUUAAAUCCGAUCUGAGCUACGUAACUUCCUCGGCGACUUAGCGAAGUGUCAUUCGUUGCAUGAACUCAUCGGACAGUCCGCUAUCCCAACAAGAAGUCUAUAAGAUGCAGUAAAAGCUCGGUAUAACGAAGUCAAUAAAGUAGGUAAAUUUAAUUCGUUAUAUCGAAACUUCCAUAAAUUGAAAUUUGACAUUUUAUGCAAGGUAUAGUCGCCAAACGCUUAUUUUUUGGUGUUCUGUGGACACGCUGUUCCAUGAACGUGCAGUUGUGAAAAGUGAAAUGCUUCGUUAUAUCGAGAAUUUUGUUGUAUUGAAGUUUGUUAUAUCGAGGCUCCACUACGUCCAAACACAUGAAAGCCAGCAGGGAAUCCAUGUUUUGGUUUAUUUCGAUCACGACUUCGUUGAUGACGUCAGUCUUCUUGUAACCAUCGUCAUCACCCUGCAUAAGGAAUUGAAUGGGGCGAAAAAUAUAGCAUGAGUGAAAUACAUGAACUGCGCAUGCGUCGCCUAUGAAAUGCGCAUGAGAACGUGACAACCUCAACACACCGCGCCGAGCGCGAGAGGAGCACGAGAGCGUGACGUGUUGCAGAAAGGGCGCGCAUGCGCGACUCAUCGCGUCUUUUUUUCUUCUUAGUGUUGGGAACCACGUGGUCUUCUGGGCAUCUGAUAUACAUAUUUCAUAAGAUAAGCCUUUCUUUGAGACGGCUGUUGCGUAUUCGAUCAACGUCUGCGAACUGGACUCGUGCAGUGAACGUCGUUUCUUCGUGCUGGUGCGCGACGCCGUCGGUUUGGACCUUUCCCAAGAGCGUCGCAACCGAUUUCGAUGACGUCAUAGACUCGUGCGCACUGUGCCGCCGUCUGCCGGCGUGUCGAAGAAACAACCGAGUGCGCGAGUAGGUUGGACCGAAUUGUGACGGCUAUUGUGCGCGCACAACGGAAACCUUUUAGUUGCACCACGAACUUGCUGUACGCUGGCCUGUGCUUCUUUUGCGUGUUUCUCAGUGUGUGUGGCUGUAAAGAACGUGAUAGACUUGUACAUAGAAGAUAUAAUUUAUAUUUAACGGGAGAAAAGGAACUCGCGGAUGGAGAGAUGAUGCACAUGUUUUUGCUGGAAUGGCGCAUUGUGGCGCGUGCGUGUUUUCUGUGUGGUCAUCGCGAGCGCAGCUGCGCCUUUUAAACGGGAGAUUAGUAAGAGCCGCGAGAGAGUGUGAGUUUUUCUUGCGUGCGUGUGCAUGUGUGUGUGCACGGUGUUUGUAAAGAUGUGCGGUGGACUCUUCGAGGAUCGUCGUUACACGUUGUAUCGACGCACUGAAAUCCGCACGAUGAAGGCGUGGGUGCUUUUGAAAGUGGGACGUGUGUGGCCGGUGCAUUUACGGCGCUAUGUGUUUGUAUACGGAAAGCCCGCAAAACUGCUGUUUGAACGUGUACACUUGUGUGCUUGUAUAUAAAGACGUAUAUAUUCAAUC